ACGCAGAGAAGUGAAAUCGAACACGUAACUUGGGCUUCGACUUGCAAACUGUUGGUGAACAUCGCAGAAUUUUAAGCACAGGAUGGGUGACUCAGCUGCAGCCUCGCUCUUAGCCGAGAGUACGUCUCUCGCACCAAGUACACUAGAACGUGCCACCCUCACUCGCCAGUCACGUUCCACUAACCACACCACAAGCACCGACAGAGAAGCAACCCCAAAGCGGAGUGAGGCAAACCGUGGUGAGAGCGGAUUCUUCUGGGGCCUUGUGGUAGUUCUCCUCAUCUUAGCGUCAGGGAACCUUCUCCUCACCUUUUUUGCGAUGGGGGUUCUUCGGCUUGGCUAUGGCAUGGAGAGCAUUGAAUUCUUACCUGAUACGAGAGCAACAAAGUUCUAUGGUCGUGCAGAUCUGGGCAACGUAUAUAAGAAGGACGGCAUUAUAUAUGGCUAUGCUGAUGUUCCCUUCUCAAUCCAGGGGGAUAAUAGCAAGGUGUCACUAAGUCUGAGGACCUCAUCAUCACCUCCAUCUUUAGACGUUGGACCUGACGAAACUGAGAUUAAAAGUGUUGAAAGCUUUCAGGUAAUUGAUCCAGAUUCCGGCAACACAGUCUUCUCUACCGAUUACCCCAACUUUGCCCUUCCACAAGGUGUCAGAAAUCUCAAUGUGGUGAGAAGCACAGCUGCGCGUGUCAGAAGUCCUACCUCAUCUGACCUGAAGAUUCGUUCAGGCUCCACUAUUCGUCUGAAGGGCAACGAGGGAUUGUCCUUUGAUGCCAAAAAACUCACAUGGUCCGCGGAUCAAGAUAUUUACCUGAAGAGCAUUAAUGGGUCCAUUUUUCUGAAUGCUGGAGCUGGAUACAUGGUUGACGUUAACACUCUACCUCUGGCAGGAGAUGUCGUGAACGAGAAUGACCGUGGCCAAUACAAGCUGUGUAUGUGUAAGUCCAAUGGUCAGCUUUUCCGUGUCCCUGUGCCAGCUGAUAACAACAUGCGCCGCAAAGCCAUUAACUGUGCUAGUUUUACUAAUCCUUGCACUGGAAUGCAUAUGUAGGUAUAUUACAUGAGAGAUAUCUGUCACUCUGUCAUCUGCAUAACUCUUUCUUUCUAUUCCCUUUUUCGUCUCACCCUCUCCCUUUAUCUCCCUCCAUCCUAUCUUACCGCUCUCUCUCCCUCCUUCCUCUCCUUCUCAUUCUCCCUCUCCCUCUCCCUUCCCUUCCAAUCUGGUAACUGGGCUUAUGAACCAUAUCAAAUCAAAUUCUUGAAAUUAUUAUGUAUAACCAAAUACUAGUCAUUUAUCAUAAGCCUCAUAUUAGUGAGAUGGAAUCAUAUCACGCAGAAUUGAAAUAUAAAACUGUUAAAUUCUUGUCCUCAGAAUCUAGUAUAAGCAUAAAAAGUGUGAAUUUAGGAAUAUUAGUUGUGCUGUAGGUUUAGUUUUGUACAUCUAAUUUAUAUAUCCAUGUUAUAGAAAGAAGAUGUUUCUAAAGCAUAUCAAACAUAUCAUUUUAUUUAUUGGAGUUAUUUAUUUUGAUAUCUAAAAAAAAAAAUGUAUCUCAAAUGCACAAAACUAAUUCUGUCAGGGUUAAAUAUGUUAAUGAUUAUUGUACUACUGUAUUUUUUCAACGAGUC